UCUCUCCUUCUCCAAGAUGGCGGCGGUCGGCGGCGCGGAGGCGGGAUCCGGGCGAGCCGAGUGAAGGCCUGGUCCUGUAGACGGGAAGAAGCCUGGACACAGUGACACAUUCUCAAAGGCCCUGCAGGACCGCCAUGGCUUAUGAUGACUCCGUGAAGAAAGAAGAUUGUUUUGAUGGUGAUCACAGCUUUGAGGACAUAGGACUAGCAGCUGGCCGAAGUCAACGAGAAAAGAAACGUUCUUACAAAGAUUUUUUAAGGGAAGAGGAAGAAAUUGCUGCUCAGGUCAGGAAUUCUUCCAAGAAGAAGUUAAAGGAUAGUGAACUUUACUUCUUGGGGACGGACACACACAAGAAGAAGAGGAAGCACUCCUCUGAUGAUUACUACUAUGGAGGACAGUGGUUCUUGUUCUGAGUGCCGAUAAACCAGUGUGAAGGAGGAGAGAGGUGGAGGGCUGGUAUUUUGGAGGAUUCAGCAUAGAAGAACAGUCUUCAUUUGUGAUACACCAGAUAUUUCGUCUUUGGAAUCGUCACAGAAGAAAAAGAAGAAAUCCAGCCCACAGUCUGCUGAUACAGCUAUGGACCUGUUGAAAGCUAUCACUUCCCCACUGGCAGCAAGCUCCAAGCCCUCCAGAAAGCCAGGGGAGAAAUCCUCUAGUUCUUCAAGCCAUUCAGAGAGUAAAAAGGAACACCACAGGAAGAAAGUAAGUGGAAGCAGUGGGGAACUGUCCCUGGAGGAUGGUGGUUCCCACAAAUCCAAAAAAAUGAAACCGCUCUAUGUGAACACUGAGACACUGACCCUCCGUGAGCCUGACGGUUUGAAGAUGAAACUGAUUCUCUCACCAAAGGAGAAGGGAAGCAGCUCGGUUGAUGAGGAGUCUUUUCAGUACCCCUGUCAGCAAGCGACUGUGAAAAAAUCCUCUAGGAAGUCGGCUCGGGAUGAGCAAGGUGCUUUACUCCUAGGACACGAGUUACAGAGCUUUCUGAAAACAGCCCGGAGGAAGCACAAAUCAUCCUCAGACCCACAUUCGUCUCCUGGCCCCGAAGGCUGUGGAUCUGAUGCCUCUCAGUUCCCAGAACCCCACAGUGCUAACCUGGAUCUUUCAGGGCUUGAACCUAUCCUAGUAGAAUCAGACUCAUCCUCUGGUGGGGAGCUAGAGGCUGGUGAGUUAGUGAUAGAUGAUUCUUAUCGGGAAAUCAAGAAGAAAAAGAAGUCAAAAAAGAGCAAAAAGAAGAAGGACAAGGAGAAGCAUAAAGAGAAACGCCACUCCAAGUCCAAGAGAAGUUUAGGGCUUUCUGCUGCCACGAUGGGAGAGGGCACAGUGACGCCCGGCCCCCCUCCCAGCAUCCCCUGCUCUGGAGCAGCUGCCCCUCCCCCACCACUUCCUGGCCUCCACACGGACGGGCAUAGUGAGAAAAAAAAGAAAAAAGAGGAGAAGGACAGAGAUAGAGAAAGGGGAGAAAAGCCAAAAAAGAAGAAUAUGUCGGCCUACCAGGUGUUCUGUAAAGAGUAUCGUGUCACCAUUGUGGCUGACCAUCCAGGUAUAGAUUUUGGGGAACUUAGUAAAAAACUGGCAGAGGUGUGGAAGCAGUUGCCAGAAAAGGACAAACUGAUUUGGAAGCAAAAAGCUCAGUAUCUGCAACACAAACAGAACAAAGCAGAAGCUACAACUGUGAAAAGAAAAACGUCCAGCUCAGAAGGUUCCAUGAAAGUAAAAGCUUCUUCUGCAGUAUUGUCACCCCAAAAGAAAUCCCCGCCCACCACCAUGCUGUUACCUGCCUCACCGGCCAAAGCCCCUGAGACAGAGCCCAUCGAUGUUGCUGCUCAUCUGCAGCUGUUGGGAGAGUCCCUCAGCCUCAUCGGACACCGCCUGCAGGAAACUGAGGGUAUGGUGGCCGUGUCGGGCAGCCUGUCAGUGCUCCUGGACUCCAUCAUCUGUGCGCUGGGCCCCUUGGCGUGUCUCACCACACAACUACCUGAGCUGAAUGGCUGUCCCAAACAGGUCUUGUCAAACACUCUAGACAACAUUGCUUACAUCAUGCCUGGACUGUGACAGCAGAGAAUCCUGGGACAGAAACCUUCUCUUACCCCAUUGCUGGUUUAUGUAGAUAGGACUGUUCUGGAAUCCUUCACUGGCUUCCGGGUGUAGGUUUUAAAUUUUUAUAUACAUACAUAUAUAUAUAUAUACACACACACAUAUAUAUAAUGUACAAUGUAUACAUAGGACUGUAACUACUUUGCUUUUAAUGAUUUUAUGAAAUGGCAAAGGAUUAGCCGAGAGGAAACCUUGGCAGGAAUAGGGGCUUGGGAUUCUUUUUCCUCCUGUGGUGGAUAAAUCUGCCUUAAAAAAUCAAUGUAACUUGGGGGCUGGGGGCUUGUACUUGGUGCCAAGUGCAUCUCUUUAUAGACAGCUAAAAUGGGAUUUUUUUCCAAACUCAGUUGUACCUCCAGACCCAUCACUGACCAUUUGCCUUACCUGUCUUACAGUCUGAAGUGUAAUAGGAAAGAUUAUGGGAAGAUGCCAGUUGACUGAAAGUGCAAAGCCUUUCAACUUGCACGUGACUCAGGUGGGCGGUAAUAAAACCGUUCUCAUCUUAAAGUGAUUGCUAUGACUUAGGUGAACUUAGUAUAGGGUUCAUUCCAAUUCCUGCUAUACAGGUGUCCAUGUCUCAAAAAUUAUUGUAAUCAUUGGUACUAUUGGCAGCCUCAGGAGGGGCCAAGGAGUUUUGUGAGCCUUGGCAACAUAAAACGCCUUGGAGAGGGUAAAGCUGUCAGUGCCACCAGUUGAACGGGGUAUAUUGUAAGCUGACCCAGAAUCUCUGGUCUGCAGAACGAAGAGCUGGUAUCUUCCAUUGACAGCACUUAGCCACCAAGUCUUCACAGGUUCCGCUGCUAGUUGCUUGGUGGUUGUGGAAGAUGAACUUGGCCCGGAGGGAUUUUUGGGUUCAUCUUAUUGGCUCCCCUGGUGGGCAGAUACACCGUGUUCUGCAUUCCACACACGAGUGAAUUGCAAAAAAAGUACUCGCUUCUCAUGUGGGUUUAUUUAUGUGCGUGUGUGAAUGUGUGUUUUAAUUAUGUGUAUUUAACUCUUUUAAAAAAUCUUAGAUUUUAAUUUAUCCUGUAAAUUUCUGUACAUAUAAUUUAAUAACAAAAGCCUCCACCAGCAACAGCAUGUGGAAGACCCAGACCUGUUAUUUCUCCCCUCACUUCCUUCCUCUGAAAACUCCCAUCUACAUUUUAAGGUAUCAUGCCUCAACAAGAAAUCAUUAUGUCAGGAUUCUAAUUCUUUAUAAUUCAAUAAUGUCAAGAAAGUAAAAUAAAAAGGAAUGUUUCCGUUCCCAGUUGCCCUUACUUCCAAAGAACCAGACUUUUGCUUCCUAGUUCCAAAGACAGUUGAGCGCUUCGGGGUUGUUUUUAAGUGUGGUGUGAGAUUCCCUGCCAAAAACCAGCUCUGAGGUAACUGCUUUCUUCCCCAGGCCUAGAUGGAGCGCCACAGCAUCCAAGCAGAUCACUAAGGAUGGUGCAGCCAGCCUGCAUCCUAUUUAAUUCCUUCCCUUCUCCCCGCCACUGUUACCGGGCUGUUUUGUAAGGGUACUCUUGCUGCUGAAUGCCUUUCUCAGCUCAGAGCAGUUUUGAGUUUUAAUUGGGGAGACAAGAAUGUUUGGGAACCAAAAUCAAGAAGAACAGAAAUCUUGUUUUGAUUUCGUGUUAGAAUUUGUACCGCACCUCAUGUGUACCCCUGGAAGUUUCCUGUUGGACACAGGGUAUGAAGGAGGGCCCUUGGAGACAUGGGUUAAUACCGAAAGAAGUCAUUCCUACCAUUGUCAUUGGUACACAGUAAUGGAAUCCUGAUGAGGACCUGUUUUUUGUUUUCCUUUAAAAUCCAAUCCUAUUGUAUUUGUAUUUAAAAUUUGUACACAUUUGUAUAAUAAUCUGUAUCUUGUGGUAUUUGGUACUAUUAGAGGAAAAACUUUGGAUUCAGACCUUACAGUUUUUAUAUCAUUGUUUUAUUUUGUUUUUUAAAUAAAUUCUAGCGGUUUGAUCCAAAUUCCAUUACAGUUGUAUAAAGAAAUAAAAUUUUGUACUUAUAUUAUUAAAAAUCACAUUUUUAAUAUUUGUAGUCCAGUCUCAGCUAUCUUUUCCCUGCUGCAACCGAAGUUGCUCCAAAAUUACAAAGCCUGCUUCUCACACUAUACCCUACCAUAAUGUUUCUAAAAAGAAAAAUCCAUCUGGAAUAGAGGUCAAGCUCUGAUAUUAGCCAUUUUCCUGGCAUACAUCUUGCUCUGUUUCUAUUUGACAUUGUGGAGUCUCUCAUGUUCUCUCUUUCGCGGAUUGCAAGCCCAGUGACUCUGAUAAGUGUAGCUCUGUUCACUGGCAGAUAACAUUGUAUGUAUAUUACAGCGUUUGCCUAACUCAAAAAAAUAUCAAUCUGUAAGGUUCACAUCUGAAUCAUGUGCUUAAUAUGAUAUAUUUCAUGCUGUUGCAGCACUGUCCUGACUUGUUGAUAUUGGAUAAGUCACUUAAUCUUUAUAGGUGUCCUAAGUCACAUCUGUAAAAUAGUGUUAAUGUCACUUCCUUGUCUCCAAGCCAGCAGCCAGCCAGCCUGACAUGAAUGUUCAGUACUAUUGUGAACAUUUAACAUAAUGGAAAUUUGACCUUUUUCAAGGUAAAAAUUUCAGUGCAGACACAAGGUGUUAAUGGUCAUAAAGUGAAAUAUUAGGAUUGAAAGGCUAAUUUAUAGAGAGGCAGCAAGAAAGAGACCUCCAUAUUGCUGAAUGCUGUUAUAGAGAAUGACUUGCAUAUUUUCUCCCUCUUAAUCCUCCCAAAAGCCUUAUGAGUAUUAUCCCCCUUUACAAAUGACAGAUGCAGAAAAGGAAUUUUCCCUAAGGUUAUACAGCUAGUAGUAGAUGGUAAAGCCAGAAUAAGCACACUGGUAAAACUGACCCCAAAGCCUAGGCUGUCUUCUACACAAAGCCACUUUCAGAGUUAAGUCAUGUAUGUAAUCCAUUAGAAGCCUCCAUUAUCUACAGUACUGAGUGAUGGUAGGAAAACUAUCUGAGGGGCCGGCCGAGUGGCACGUUGGUUAAGAGUUG